ACCUACAGAUCCUGAGCCACUUGGUGACCCAAUCCCGACGUCCGAGGGACCUUCGACAUCGUCACAACAUGCUUCUCGACGCUCGUCAUCUGCGUCUGGAGCGCGGUGCACGUCGACGUGCCAUUGCAAUGGACCAGAUGGUCCAUCAUCAACAAAAUUGGCUGGCUCAUCACAGGGCUGGUCGCCCCGGAUCUGCUACUCUACGUCGCAUGCUGUUAGCUGUGGCGUGCCCACGUCCUGCUCGGGGAAGCCCGGAGGUUUCUGGUUUUCAAGCCUCGACAGACGCGCAGCCGUCCCAGAGCAUCGCAGGUUUCUUCGGCGGGCUCCCCAGUGCGACACAGGGUAGGGCGUUCGCAUCGUCCGUCGAGCCAGUGACUCAUCUCCAUAAGCAGGCAUUCUACGUAACGAAGACCCCAGAGCACACGGAGGAAAGUGUAUCAUUGGCGGAUUGCCAUGAGACCUCGUCCGAUGCUCCCCCGGAAAAAGAGCAACCCUCUCGCAAUCACCCGUGGACGCUUACACAUGCUUUCUACGGUGUCAUGGGUGGUUUCGCGCUGAAGACAUCGAUCGGUGGAGAAGAGAGACGCCUCGCGCUCCCACUGAGCGGUCUUCGCUUCAUCCUGGAGUUCGCACCCGACCUUCUCCCAGACCUCACCGAAGACGAAAUCUGGAACAAGUGUCGGUCUGACGCCCUAGCAAAGGCGUUGCUCAUGCUGCAGUUGCUCUGCUUCUGCGUCUCUUGCGCCGCUCGCCUUUUCCAAUCGCUUCCGCUCAGCCUGCUCGAGGUCACAACCGUGGCACACGCGCUCUGCACCGUUAUGACGUGCAUCAUAUGGUAGAAAAAGCCAUUCGACGUG